CAAACCGCGGGAAGGACGCUUGCCACGGUGCCCUGGUAGAAAUCUAACCCCGAAACGUAUUUUUUUUUUCAGUUUGGCGCUGUGCACGCGCCUGAACCAAGUUUUUGUGCUCGAAGUGCUCUCCCUUGGAGGCUCGUUUUCAGGCUGUCAACACACAAGGCAGGGCUGACUCAGGAAACCAUGGCUGUAGCUGGAUGUCCAGACUACUUCCUCCAUCGCCCAAACUAUCAGGACAAUGUAGAUCGGACCUCAUCUCGCCGACCAGCCAAUAUCAUUGGUUCUUUCUCUCAGUCAUCCAAUCGAAACUCUCCUCAUCAUCAAGAUGAUGAUGUGGAUCUGGAGGCUCUGGUGAAUGAUAUGGACUCUCUGUCUUCAUAUGAGAGCAUUUAUUCUACCUGUGGCACCCAGUACUCUGAUUCUGCCCCACUCUUGCAUAACGGACACGGUCUCCAUGGCAACCGCUCUGCUGCUCCUCCCUCUCAGCGCCCGUCCAGUGUCCGCGUGGCUCCACCCCACUCUCCUGCACAGAGGGUUCGCCGAUCACAGCCAGUGCACAUUCUGGCCGUCAGGAGACUGCAGGAAGAGCAGCAGCAGCAGCAGCUUCGUCCUGCGUCUCUGCCAGCCAUUCCCAACCCAUUCCCUGAGCUCUGCAGUCCGUCAGGAUCUCCCGUACUGACCCCGGGAUCCCUCCCUCAGCCCUCAGAUACGCAUAUCAUUAAGGUCUUUAGUGAAGAUGGAGUGGGGAAGGUGCUGGAGGUUCCUGCUGAUAUGACAGCCAGGGAUGUGUGUCACCUCCUGGUCUAUAAGAGCCAUUGUGUGGACGACAACUGCUGGUCACUCGUGGAGCACCACCCUGUGCUUGGACUGGAGAGGUGUAUUGAGGACCAUGAGUUGGUGGUUCAGGUGCAGUCGUCUAUGUCUCCAGAGAGCAAAUUUCUCUUCAGGAAAAACUACGCCAAGUAUGAAUUCUUCAGAAGUCCGCUGAACUUCUUCCCAGAGCAGAUGGUAGCAUGGUGUCAAGAAUCCAACAGCACAGUCCCUCAGUCUCAGCUCUUACAGAAUUUCUUGAAUUCCAGCCGCUGUCCAGAGAUCCAAGGAUUCCUGUACAUGAAGGAGACUGGCCGGAAAUCCUGGAAAAAACUCUACAUGUUCCUUAGACGCUCCGGUCUGUACUGCUCCACUAAAGGAACAUCUAAGGAGCCCAGGCACCUACAGUUACUGUCAGAUUUGGAAGAGAGCAACGUGUUCACUGUGACCGCAGGCAAAAAGAUGCACAACGCCCCCACAGACUACCAGUUCUGCAUCAAGCCCAGUAAAGGGAGGAAUGAACUGAAGGAGCUGAGGAUCCUGUGUGCUGAGGACGAACAGAGCCGCACAUGCUGGAUGACAGCUUUCAGACUGCUCAAGUAUGGGGUUUUGCUGUAUCAGAACUACAAGAUCCCCCAGCAGAGGAAAUCUCCCCUCUCCAACUUCACUGCUCCCGUACGGAGUGUGUCUGAGAAUUCUUUGGUUGCUAUGGAUUUUUCGGGACGGACCGGCCGCGUUAUUGACAACCCUCUGGAGGCACAGAGUGCUGCCAUGGAGGAAGGGCAAUCCUGGAGAAAACGGAGUCAGAGAAUGAACGCACUGGGCAGCCCCAGCCCUCUCCACACCCCAUCAUUAAGUACAGUGAUCCAUCGCACACAGUUAUGGUUUCACGGCCGCAUUAUGAGAGAGGAGGCCCACCGCAUGAUCAUGCAACAGGGCCAAGUGGAUGGCUUGUUCCUGUUGAGGGACAGUCAAAGCAAUCCAAAAGCGUUUGUUCUCACACUGUGCCAUAAGCAGAAGAUCAAACACUUCCAGAUCUUACCCUUUGAAGAGGACGGACAAAUGUUCUUCAGCCUUGACGAUGGUUCCACCAAAUUUACGGACCUGAUUCAUCUGGUGGAGUUCUACCAGCUCAACAGAGGAGUACUUCCCUGUAAACUCAAACAUCCCUGCACCGUGGUGACCUUAUGACCUUUCACCCCACUUCCCCCUCCUCUGAUGGUUAACAUGCUCCGCAAACCACACACAGCUGAGAAACUGGAUUUUUUUUUCUUUGUUUGUGUAUUUCUUUUUACUUUCUCUCGAUAUUCAUAAUGCGUAUUUUGUUUGCUUUUUAACGAUGAGCCAGCCCUUACCUGGCUUGUUUUUGUUUGGGAGUUUGGAGGAGGGUUGUGUGGUAAUGAACUGUGGACAUAACGAGGACAGAUCCACCCCUCCGCUCCCCGUCCUCUACCUGGUUUGAGUGACUGUCACGUCCUCUCAGUGAAGUGGGUAACCGCUUCUCCCCACCAUACAUGACCUCAUUCUCCUGCUCGCUGGGGGACCUCUCACAGGAGACAUUCUCAGAAACAAAACACAAAACAAUCCAAACACGAUGACCAGCGCUCUUCGUCCCCUGCCUCGCUGGCAAAGACUUUUUUUUUUAUUGUAAAGUUACCUAGUCACAGCUAUUUGUACUUGUGUUAUUGUUGUUCCAUAACUAAACUAUAUUUUGCACUCUUGGGAUGAAUCCAGGCGUUUUGCCACUUUAUGAUACAUUACUACAGUCAGUUGUCCCCACACCUUUACCGUAACACCGCGACUUUUCCUCUCUCCCUCAUCCACCCUAACUGCAUGCUAACGGGAUUAUUGCUGACAUGGAUGUAGAGUGGCAUGAGAUAGGCUUCUGUUGCUAAGGUUAAAGAAGAUGACCUCC